AUGACACAAACUCAGUUUCACCAUUAUAUACCAAGGUUCAUUCUCAAGACGUUUGCGGACAACUUCUCGCUUGACAACAACGAGUUCACUACGGACACGUCAAACCCAGGUCUCUCAUGGUUCAAGCGAGGAAGUCCAAGCAAGCGCAGGCGCAAAGUGCGGCCCAUAUACGAUAUCAAUGUAUACCGAUUAGACGACCACACCACGAACCCGACCAACGUCUCUCGAGCGUACGGUGCCGAGGACAUGUACCGAGAUGUCACCGAGGCCGAUUGCAUGAAGUUUGAGAAGCUCCUUGCCAAACACGAGAGCACUUCUGCUGCGUUUAUCCGAAAGAUUUGGAAUGAGGAAAAAGACCUUUCGUUGACCCGAACCCAACUCGGGGAUAUGAAAAAGUUUCUAGUUGUUAUGGCAUACCGUAGUGACGCCCGCAGGAGCCAGUAUUUCAACCAGAAUUUUGACUUCCUCACCGCGUACUCAAUCAGAAGGCACAUGGAGUACAACAGGUUCUUAAACGUUCCGACAGUCUGGUUCGAGAAUCUCAAGUGGCUCAUCGAAGCCUCCGUCAAGGACAUCAUAACAGAGUAUGACAAAGCUAUCGCAGCGAGAGUCGAGUCAAAGAGACCUGCUGCGCUUUUAGGUCCAUACCUGGGACCGAUUCAUGCUUCUGAACUGGAGGACUUCGGCGGCUUGAUGACUUCAACUAUUGCUUGCAUCUGGCAAGCAGAGACAGGGUCGGAAUUUAUCCUAUCCGCGGGUGGUUUUGGUGCUUGGGAAGGUCAGCCUGGCAUCUGGUUCCACAAUUUUUUCGUCGUCUCGCCCCGAUUCGCGAUCGUCCUGGUCAGUCGUUUGUACUUGAAUGAGAGGCUCGAGAAGAAACCUGGUUGGACCUCGAUGUUCGGUGACAAGCUUCAUACCUAUCCUGAGACCGACUACAAGAAGGGACCUCCGACUAAGGAUUUCGACUUCGCGACUCAUUCCACUCCGGACGAUGUGUUUAAAUACAAGAGGAUUCUCGUCCCCAAGGAAGAGGUUUAUAAGGUCAACGCCAUCUUUUUGGACGAUCUACGCCAGUUUUUGACGUACAAGUCCGAUGUCUCCAUGUACAAGUCCCUGCGUUAUUACGAUAGGGUCAAGGAGAAGAAGUUUCAUAAUCGUCGCGAUUACUCCAUCCUUAGACGUAAACUAUUUUCUGACCUUAACAGGACGCAUCCAGUAGACAAGUAG